AUGGUAACAGAGGAUCCCGCCGCUUCGCAACAACUUGUUGUCCAUGAAGACUCUCGACGAACAACCCCAACGAACGACAAAAUGAGACACGGGUUUGGUGAAGACUACAAUUCAGAAAACUUUUUGAACACUCUCGCCGACACCUUCUAUAUCUAUUAUGAUGAUAAACGGCACAGUACUACUGGAAAUCCGUUAACUAAGGAAAUGAAGAAUAGUCCCAAGUAUUACAAAAACUUUCAGCCUAUACUCGACUGGAAAAUAAUGAAAGAAAGACAAAAGACCAUUAGUGCGGUGUUGGUAAUGUGUCUCAAUCUAGGUGUUGAUCCACCAGAUGUUAUGAAAACUUACCCUUGUGCUAAACUCGAAGCUUGGUGUGACCCCACUACUUUCACUGAUACUAAAAAAGCAAUUGAAAACAUUGGUAAGAAUUUGCAGUCACAGUACGAAACCCUUUCACUACGAACUAGGUAUAAACAAUCAUUAGAUCCGUGCGUGGAAGAUGUGAAACGAUUUUGCAACACGUUAAGACGGAAUGCUAAGGAUGAACGAAUUCUCUUCCAUUAUAAUGGACACGGAGUGCCACAACCGACUACAAGUGGAGAAAUUUGGGUGUUUAAUCGUGGCUAUACUCAAUAUAUACCUAUCUCACUUUACGAUUUGCAAACUUGGCUUGGUGCUCCAGUGAUUUUUGUAUAUGACUGCAACAGUGCUGGUAAUAUUGUUCACAAUUUCAAAAAAUUUGUGCAAAAACGGAUAGAUGAUGAUAACGAAGGCAAUCACGACGUCAGUGCACCCUCGCCAACAUCGGCCUAUCUUGACUGCAUCCAGUUAGCAGCAUGUAAAAGCAAUGAACUUUUGCCAAUGAGUCCUGACCUUCCUGCUGACUUGUUCACAUGUUGUCUUACUUGCCCCAUUGAUAUCAGUAUAAAGUGGUUUAUAAUGCAAAGCUCACUCAAAAAGAGCUACUAUGACUCGCUACCGAAAAAUCAAAUAGGAAAUGUUAUCGUUCCCGGAAAAUUGACCGACCGAAGAACGCCCUUGGGGGAACUUAACUGGAUUUUCACAGCAAUCACUGAUACAAUAGCAUGGACCUCCCUUUCAAGACCAAUUUUCAAACGCCUUUUCCGUCAAGACUUAAUGGUGGCUGCGUUGUUUCGUAAUUUCUUGCUAGCAAAGAGGAUUAUGCCCCAUUUGAAUUGUAAUCCAAUCAGCGAUCCACCGUUACCAGACUCUGUCAAACACCAUCCGAUGUGGGAUUCUUGGGAUUUGGCAAUUGAUCAAGUUCUUUCACAAUUGUUAAAGACGGCCAAGGAGGAAGAGCCCUUGAAUCAAAAUGUGAAUCACGUGCUGCUCUCUGUAGCAAAUGGACUGGCGAUAAGUAAUGGCAGCAGCUCACUCCCAAUGCCACAUGCAAAUGGCUCAUCAUUAAUCGUACCCACAACACAAAAUUUGGGAAAUUACCAGCAUUCAACUUUUUUUGAACAGCAAUUGACUGCUUUUGAGAUUUGGUUGAAGUACGCAGGUCCAUCGACGAAAGAGCCACCAGAGCAGUUACCAAUAGUCUUACAAGUAUUGUUGUCCCAAGUACACCGAUUGAGAGCCUUGAUCUUACUUUCAAAAUUUUUAGACUUGGGGCCAUGGGGGGUUUAUUUGUCGUUAUCUAUUGGAAUUUUUCCUUAUGUGUUGAAGCUUUUGCAAAGUCCAGCCCAGGAGUUGAAACCAGUGUUGAUAUUUAUAUGGGCAAGGAUUAUGGCUAUCGACUACAAAGGCACUCAACAAGAGUUAUGCAAAGACAAGGGGUACAAUUACUUUUACCAGAUUUUAAAUUCCUCACCACAAAGCCAAACAGGUUCUCACGGAGGGGUUGGAUCUAGCACAUCUGGUGCAUUAUUGAUUAACGAUGAUCACAAGGCAAUGAGUGCUUUCAUUUUGACCCUAUUUAUAAAAGACUUCAGAAACGGUCAGAGACUAUGCUUCUCGAGUGAAGUUGUCACCAACUGCAUAAGGUUUAUUCAAACGAGUGAAAAUCCUUUGUUGAGACAGUGGUGUGGCUUGCUACUCUCUCAAUUAUGGAACAAGUAUCCCGAUGGCAAGUGGGUGGUUUACAAAGAUGGUUAUAUCAAUCAGUUAUCAUUGCUUGUAAAUGAUCCUAUUCCAGAAGUUCGCACAUCGAUUGUUCUUGCACUAACAAAUUUUCUUUCCGAUCCCACAUUGUCUGGCCAAUCUCAACAAACGCAACAGCGACAGCCACAAUUCAAUUCAACAUCUGAGGCCAGAAAAGACGAAAUGAGGCAGCAAGAUUUGAAACUCGCUAAUGUUGUUUUGGGUCUCUUGGGAGACGGAUCCCCAAUUGUUCGAAAAGAAUUGGUGUUUUUCGUCAACAAAUUUAUAAAAACUUAUUCCAGAUUCUUCUUGGUGGUUGCUUUCAACCAGUUGGAGGAGGAGAUUGUACUUCUCGAUAACCCAAACGUUUUGAAUGAAUUUAGGAAACGAUCUCCAGCAUAUGGAUCCAUAUUUAGUUCAAUAUGGAAGGCACUUUUGAUAUUGUCUGAGGAUCCACACUGUGAGGUAAAACAUAUGGCUGAAAUUGUGAUCGAUUACGUCAUGGUGAAUUUGAAUGACAGUGAGUUGGGCCCAAUAGUUAAGGAAAUGCAAGGAUACUUGUUGAGUAAAUCAACACUCAGUAUAAGUGAAAGUUUUAUGUCUGGGACGCCUAUUUUGAGCAAGCCUUUGGGAGAAAAGAGACAAGUGUCGAGUGCAUCAGUGAUCAAUAGAAAGAACAAUUUGCUCAUUAACGGCUCGUCGUUGAAGACAAGGGCAGUUUCGUCAAAUGACCAUUCAUCUGAAAGUAAAUCUGACAACGAGUCCAUUACUUCGAAAAUCAAAAAUUUAUCUAUGUCGAAAUUGUUGAAAAGCUUACACUUGAAUGAGGAAUCAGAUAUGAAAAGCUUUAGUAGUAUUUUAACUUCAGGUCCAGUUCCUAGUCGGUAUGGUGCCGAAUACAAGCCCAAAUCUGCCUUUUACAAGACUCGGAAUUUUUCUGAAUUGCCUGAACUACCAGCUGAAUCUGAUUUCUUCGAGUACAGCUGUGAAUACUUUCAGGAACCACAAAUGUCUAAGAAUGAGACCGAUGAGCCGGGAUCAAAAGAAUAUAUCAAGAGGUUGUGGCGCAGGAAUCGAAAUGAAUUGAUUAUUCAGGAAACCCAGUCGCAAAAGGAAAUGGCAUUACGUGGCGAUUGGAAUAAAAGUGUAAAGGUGUUGAACAACAUUUCGCAGCCAAAAUGUAUCAAGUUCACACAGUUUGAAAAGAUUUUGGUUGCAAGUGAUGAAAAGGAUAACGUGACAAUUUGGGAUUGGGGAAGAAGUAAAACAGUUAAAAAGUUUUCUAAUGGAAAUCCUUUUGGAACCAAAAUAACAGAUUUGAAGUUUUUGAACGAAGACGAUCAACCUUUGUUGUAUACUGGCUCAUCUGAUGGAGUAGUAAAGAUUUACAAAAAUUUUCACAGUGAUGAAAACUUUGAUAACGAAGACAACGAUGAGAGCUAUGAUCCAUAUAGAGGAAACAGAAUCAAUCAAAGGCAUGAUUAUUUUGAAGAGAGCAACAACGAUGUUUUUACGAACAAGAUUGAGUUGGUCACUGGUUGGAGAGCUUUGACUGACUUGCUUCUCACGGCAAAAAGUUCUGGUCUCGUUUCUGAGUGGCAACAGUCAAGAGGAUCCUUAUUAGUUAGUGGUGAUGUCAAAGUUAUUCGUAUAUGGGAUGCGCCACGUGAAUUGUGUUUACUGGAUAUCCCUGCUAGGUCUUCCUCAUCCAUUACCAGCUUAACUUCUGAUCAAGUCGCUGGAAACAUUUUUAUUGCAGGGUUCGAUGACGGUAGCAUUAGAGUCUAUGACCAAAGGCUUGAUGCGAGGGAGUCAAUGGUUCGAACAUGGAAGCUGACGAGACAGCCAAAUGGGCAAUCUUCUCGUAACGUUGGAUAUGGAUCUAUAAAGAAUGUCCAAAUGCAAAGAGGUGGGUACAGGGAGUUGAUCAGUGGCUCUUCUGAUGGGUAUGUCAACUUGUGGGACAUAAGAUUAAAUGAUCCUAUAUUGACUUACAACGCCCCGGGCAAUCAAAUACGUAGUAUUGAUGUUCAUGAACAUGCUCCUGUUUUGGCAACGGGCUCCAAGUCGGUAAAUAUAUGGUCAACUGCUGGUGAUGAUUUAACAAUCUUGAAGAACCCGUCGCAUGAAAAGUACUUGACAACGAAUAGAGGUAUCAAUUAUCUUUCAAGUGUCACUUUCCAUCCACAUAGAAUGAUGCUAGCUACAAACUACACGCAAGAUGCUAACAUUAAUAUAUAUACUUGUGCAGAUGUAGUUAGUGAAUAUUAA